AGUAAAUCGCUGCAGGUUGGCUAUGGACGCAAUCUUCAAAUUCAGAAUCCCUAAUCCAAGAAGUCUCCGGCGGAAAAAUGGUGGAUCGUGAUUCCCGAUCAAAGGAUAUUCCAUACUCUCGAAAAGAGAAAUCUCUUGGCGUCUUGUGCAGCAAUUUUUUGAGCCUGUAUAAUCGUGAUAGUGUCGAAUCGAUUGAGUUAGAUGCUGCUGCUCUUCAAUUAGGUGUUGAGCGACGAAGGAUAUAUGACAUUGUGAAUAUUUUGGAGAGCAUUUGGAUAUUACAGAGAAAAGGUAAGAAUCGAUAUGCAUGGAAGGGUUUCGGUGCGAUUCCUAAUGCCUUGGAAGUCCUCCAGGAGCAGGGACAAAAGGAGCAUUUUGGUGCCUAUAUUACAAAUGCUUUAAAUAAGAAUGAGCACAGACUACCAUUCGACUCGAAAACUGAGCAACACAAUGGAAGUCCUGGAGUAGAUAAAGAACACAGGAGGGAAAAAUCAUUAGGGCUUCUGACAAGAAAUUUUAUCAAGCUUUUUCUUUGUUCUGAUGUGAACAUAAUUUCACUUGAUACUGCUGCAUUUGCAUUGCUUGGGAGUAGCCAUGACCCCAUAGCUAUGAAAACAAAGAUCAGACGCUUGUAUGAUAUUGCUAAUGUAUUUUCAUCUAUGAAUCUCAUUGAAAAGGCUCGGGAUCCUGUCACUGGAAAACCAGGAUUUAAGUGGAUAGGUGUGGGAAGAAGCUACGAAGAUGGAUCAUCUUCUGCGGUAGGCAUAGAAAGUUCCAAGAAAAGAGCCUUUGGAACUGAUGUCACCAAUACAAUUAAGCGAAGCAAUACUAACUCGGAGGGUUUAAAACUAAAUGAAAACAUGGACAUGGGAAAAUGGUGGAAGGACAAAUCAGUUUGUGAAAAGAAUGACUUAUCAACCGAUCAGCAUGAGAAAUGCACCUCAAAGGACUUCGUAUUCGGUCCAUUUGCUCCAAAGAUAAAGAAUACAGUAGCCCUUGAAAAGGAAACUAACUUGGAGAUUCAGGAUGUGGAGAAUCUCUCUUCUCCGUAUUGUCCCCAGUAUUGCAAUCCAGUGAUAAGUGACCUUUUUUAUCAUUAUGCUUCGGCGUGGAAUUCCUGGUUUGAUGAAGCUGAGAAAAAGCAAAAGACACAAUCUGGAUCCUAAAACAUUGCAAUCAUAUUGAAAUUAGAGACUUGGGUUAUAUGUUGAUCGAUGUGUACUUUUGAAGUUGAAAUAUAUGAUGAGAAAAUUUUGCUCCUAGUAAUCCCAAUCACUCUGUUUGCUCCAUCCUAUUUAUUAAAUUGAAAUUCAGUUGAGUUAUUUGAGUAUAUUAAUUAUCUUUU